GUGUGUGUCUAUAUAAAGCCCUGCCACAUCAGUCAGACUGCUCUGCUCCUGCCUCAGACCCACACACACAGCAAACACCCACACCGACUACAAGUAACCAUGGCUCAGCAACCAGUCAGUCUUCCUGCGAAGCUCAUCAACGGAGGUGUAGCAGGGAUGGUCGGAGUUACGUGUGUGUUCCCCAUCGAUUUGGCCAAGACAAGACUUCAAAAUCAACGCAGCAGCCAGCAAGUGUACAAAAACAUGAUGGACUGUCUGAUCAAGACGGUUCGGUCUGAAGGCUAUUUCGGCAUGUACAGAGGAGCAGCAGUCAAUCUGACCCUGGUGACCCCCGAGAAGGCCAUUAAACUUGCCGCUAAUGACUUUUUCCGUCAUCACUUCAGCAAAGGAGAUUCCAGAUUAAGUGUAUUUAAAGAGAUGCUGGCAGGAUGUGGAGCAGGAGUGUGUCAGGUGAUCAUAACCACACCCAUGGAGAUGCUCAAAAUUCAACUUCAGGAUGCAGGAAGGCUUGUGGCUCAGAGGAACGUAGCUGUGAUCCCGGCUCUGAAGCUUGGAGCAGGGAGUACAGUCAUAAACUGUGCCUACAGCCUCGGACCAACCACACACAUCAGAAGAACCUCGGCUAUACAGAUCACGCAGGAGUUACUGCGCACUCACGGCAUUCAGGGACUUUAUAAAGGACUCGGAGCCACGCUAAUGAGGGAUAUUCCAUUUUCUGUUGUCUAUUUCCCUCUGUUUGCUCACCUGAACCAGUUGGGAAAACCAUCCGAGGCUGAAAAUGCACCAUUUUAUUGGAACUUUGCUUCAGGCUGUGGAGCUGGAAGUGUAGCUGCUGUUGCAGUCAGUCCCUGUGAUGUGGUGAAGACCAGGCUGCAGUCGCUCAAUAAAGGCGCACACGAGGAGACAUACACCGGUGUGAUGGACUGUGUCAGUAAGAUCAUUCGUAAAGAAGGCCCUGCUGCUCUGCUGAAGGGCGCCGGCUGCAGAGCACUUGUCAUCGCUCCGUUAUUCGGCAUCGCACAGGUUGUGUAUUUCAUCGGCGUUGGAGAAUUCGUCCUGGGACAGUUUCCCACCUUCAGAAUCUAAAUGCCAUAAACAUUGGAACCACGUGAACAUUAAAGAUAAAAAGUCUCUAAGGCAGCUACACUGUGACCAUUUGGAGAAUGACAUGGUGUGAGUUGGAGAAUUUCUAUGGAAAUGCUAGCAUUAGCAUCUUACAGGUGGCUUUAUUAAGAAGGUCAGAUGAUGCAAUGUUGUUUUUUUAAACAUUUUAAAACAAAAUAUCUCCUCAGUUUCCCUCAGUGAGGGAAGGGAUGCCUUUGGCCACAAUCAGUACUGUUUAUAAUAUGCCUUCAUCAACUUUCCUUCACAAAGUAGAUUAUCUUUGAACUUUAACUAUAUAGUUACAUGCACUGGCUAAAUCAGUUUAGCUGGAAGUUAUGUAGUGAUGUAGAUUUGAUUCCUCAUCUAAAAGAAUUUCACUUCCAAGCCUGACGAAUGUGAAGAAGGGAAGCUGAUGAGGGGAUAUUAAACACACUACUAACCCAAAGCCCACUGUCACCUUCUUCUCGCCUGCCUGGCCCAGUUUGUCUGAGACUUCAGAGGGGAAACAUUACUUUUCAGAGAGUAGCAUUGGACAAUCCUGUUUAAAGUCUGGAGACCAUUUUCACUGGUGUGGUUAUGAUCCUUGAAAGAACAAAGACGAUCCAGAAAGCUCAGAAUUUCAGAUGGAAAAGAAUAAUUUUCGUUUUUUGACUAUGAUCCAGGAUUGCGAUUUUGCUUUUAUUUCAGACCAAGUCAGUGUGAAAAAUGAUUCAUAUAGAGGCUCCUGAGUGGUGCAACAGAAAAGCAUCAUGCUACUAUUUCCAUCCAUGGCCAGAAGCCAUGGCUCUCUCACCCCUGUCAAUCACAGAGACACUAGCCAAUUGUAGACAUUGGUAGACUCAUGGAUGAGGAAGAGGGCAGAUAGUUCUUUCCUUUGAGUGUGUUACUCUGCCCUGUGAUGCACCAUGGAAAAAAAUACGCAGUUGGCUAGCUUGUGUAUGAGAGUUAGCCGUCAGCCUGCGUGGUUGCUAGGGGAGAAAUGGCUGGUGGAUGGGAAUUGGCAGGUGACCAAAUUUGGGGAUAAUUUAAAGAGAAAAUCCCCUCAGAUGCAUAAGUAGAAAACUAUUUUCUCUAACAUUACAGUGUUAAUCAGUGACAUACCUCAGAAUCACACAGUCGUGUCACAAAGUCUGAAUUAACCAACCAUUUUUCAUAGACAAGUUGAUCCUAUGUGCACUACAGACACCCCUGUGUAUUCAAAACUCAUGUUCUUUGAUAUGUGACAGAAUAAACGAAUAGAAUGCCACUUUUUCGGUGAAGAUAUGAAUAAAACACAAAAAUGACA